AUGACCAGCGCAACCUUUCUCAAUACCGCUGCCGGUAUUUCUGGCAUCAUUGUCUUCGGAGCACUCGUUUCCGUUGCUUACAUUUACAAUGACAUCAACUCAUUCGCUGACAACGCUCGCCUUGAGCUCAGCGACUUCAAGAGCAAUGCUAACGAUGCCUGGAACUCGAUGAUCGUCGAGGACUCUACAAGAAACGUUCGCAGUGUCUUCAGAGCCCGUCGUCAGAGAAAGCAAGCCUCCCAGUGCAACUGUGGGCCACAAGCCAGCAACUGCCCAGCUGGACCACCAGGGCCACCAGGAGCUCCAGGAGACCGCGGAUUGGACGGACAACCAGGACAGGCUGGAAAACCAGGACUUCCAGGAAUCGCUGGACCAUCCCACAAGCAGAACACUGAGUGCAUCAAGUGCCCACAAGGAGCCCCAGGACCAGCUGGAGCUCCAGGACCAGCCGGACCAAAGGGACCAAACGGACAACCAGGACAUCCAGGACAAGGAGGAGGCCAGGGACCACCAGGACCACCAGGACCAGCUGGAGAAGCCGGAGCCCCAGGAGCCCCAGGAAACCCAGGCCAGCCAGGACAACCAGGAAAGUCAGGACAGAGAUCUCGAGGACAGCCAGGACCAGCUGGAGCUCCAGGACCACAGGGACCACCAGGACAACCAGGACAUCCAGGACAAGGAGGAGGCCGAGGACAGCCAGGACCAGCUGGACCACCAGGACCACCAGGACAGCCAGGACAGCCAGGAAGCGACGGUCAACCGGGAGCCCCAGGAAAUGACGGAGCACCAGGAGCUGAUGCUGCCUACUGCCCAUGCCCAGCUCGAGGCGGACAGAGUCCAGCUGUUACCGGUGGAAACAGUGAGCAACAAUACCGCCACCGCGCCGUGCUCGCCGCGCGUCAUCGCACCGUCGCCAGACACCGUCAAGUUGCUCGUCACCGCAGCGUCGUUCGCCAUCGCAAGGUUGCCGCGAAGCGCGUCGUCGCUCGCAAUCGUGUCGUUGCCAAGAAACGCGUCGCCGCCGUCAGACGCCACGCCUAA